CUGCUACUUAGAGCAUCGGAAUUGUCCGUGAAAACUAUGGGCAUAUAAGAAACAACUUCCACGCAGGUCUUGCCAGUUGGCCAGAUUUACCUCUCGGAUGUGACUGAUUUUCACGGAUUUCUCUAUUUCUGGGUUAGAAUUUUAUACUGUUCACCGUAGUUCGCCUGAUUUUUUUUUAUAAAAAGAUGUGUUUUAUAGUCAGCAGGCAAUAGCAAAACAUACUUAUUUUACUUCAGAAAAUACAUUUUAAUUCAUAAUUUAUUUUCCUGCAAAAUUUAUAAAUUAAUAGCAUCCGUAUUUAAAAAGUGUCCCAAAUACUGCGCCUUUGUUCCAUAUUACAUUUAGCUUUGUCCCUGAUUUUGGUCAUACAAGACUGAGAGACAUUAAUGACUUUAGGUAGUUAUUCUGACCUAAAUAAGCAAAGUAAAUAAAGCACUUACUUAAGGCGCCACUUUUUUAAAGAAGAUUAUAAAACCGCAAUUCAUAUAACAAAAUAAAUAUGAGUAAAGGUUUCUCAAUACAGAAAUUACCGCAGUUUUACUAAAAAGAAAAUCAGUCCUCUGCAUUAGCCAGGAUUGCAGACUUGUCCAAGGGAAAAAUUACAUUUCGGAAACAAAAUACUUUUGAAUUGAGAAAUAACAUUAAUCCCAUGCCGCAGCGACAUUUUACUAAUAUGUAAUGCAUCACAGCAGGAUAUUUCAAUUACUAACAUAAAAAUUGUGACCCCAAUUUGAAAUGUAAAUUCCACAGUGAAAGCAGGCCAGCACAGAAUCGUGUCACUGUAGCCUCGACUGUACAGUAGCUCCCAGUUUAGCCUGGAUGCGGCUUAGCAGCGACUGUAACCCCAAAUCAGCUGUAACCUUGACCCACAGAAGCAGGAACCCGCCUAUUCGGAAAUGCAGUCGUAAACCCGACUAACGCGUCUGUGCCCGCCACUCACAAGCAAAUAACAUCAGGAAGGGUCCCGGGUGGGUGAUCGCGCCUUGGUUCCAAGCUCAAGACUCGUGCGGCUGGUGCGAGGGAGCCGGCACGAGAGUAGAAGGAGGAGGGAGACGAGUGCAAGGACUGAACAAUAGAGAGCGACAGCAAUAACUGGAGAGGAGAGCGAACGAGUACCCUCCCAGACAGUCACUCAGCCAGCGGCAGCUUGCAGUGCUUGCUUUGUGAUCGAAGGGACGGAAACCGCCGAGCAGCAGCGAAGAAUCCAACGAAUAUGGAGGGGAUGUUGCUUUUACACGCAGCUGCUUGAGAAGGGCAAUCACUGGAUAUUAUAAUUUAGCCAAUCUCAGAUUUAUUGAAGAACAAAAAAUAGAAACAUCAGGGAAGAUGAAUUCUGCAGAGGGGGCGGAGGAAGCGUUGAAUGAUUCCGACGUGGAUGCCUUUUUCCGAACAGGUUCUUUCAGAAGUGAUGGUUUAAAAGCAUCUGAUGUCUUGCCCAUUCUGAGGGAAAAAGUGGCCUUUGUGUCAGGUGGUCGGGACAAAAGAGGCGGUCCAAUCCUGACCUUCCCCGCACGUAGCAAUCAUGACAGAAUACGGCAGGAAGAUCUUCGGAAACUUGUUACUUAUUUGGCUAGUGUGCCAAGUGAAGACGUCUGUAAACGGGGAUUCACUGUCAUCAUCGAUAUGCGAGGAUCCAAGUGGGACUUGAUUAAACCACUACUGAAGACUCUUCAGGAAGCCUUCCCUGCUGAAAUCCACGUUGCACUCAUUAUCAAGCCCGACAAUUUCUGGCAGAAACAGAAGACAAACUUCGGCAGUUCAAAGUUUAUCUUUGAGACAAGUAUGGUGUCAGUAGAAGGACUUUCAAAGCUAGUCGAUCCAUCUCAGCUGACAGAUGAGUUUGAAGGAUCCUUGGAUUACAACCAUGAUGAGUGGAUUGAACUACGAGUCUCCCUGGAGGAGUUCAUUAGCAGUGCCGUACACCUGUUAUCAAGGCUGGAAGACUUGCAGGAGAUGUUGGCUCGGAAAGAAUUUCCAGUUGAUGUUGAAGGCUCAAGGAGACUUAUAGAUGAACACACACAGCUUAAAAAGAAAGUAAUUAAAGCUCCUGUAGAGGAACUUGAUCGAGAAGGUCAAAGGCUGUUACAGUGUAUAAGGUGCAGUGAUGGUUUUUCUGGCAGGAACUGCAUCCCAGGAAGUGCAGACUUCCAGAGUGUUGUGCCAAAGAUCACCAGUCUGUUGGACAAGCUGCAUUCAACGCGGCAGCAUUUACAUCAGAUGUGGCAUGUCCGGAAAUUGAAACUGGAUCAGUGUUUUCAGCUUCGGCUUUUUGAACAGGAUGCUGAAAAGAUGUUUGACUGGAUCAGUCAUAACAAGGAAUUGUUUCUCCAAAACCACAUGGAGAUUGGGGUGAGCUACCAGCAUGCAGUGGAUCUUCAGACGCAGCAUAACCACUUUGCUAUGAAUUCAAUGAAUGCGUAUGUCAACAUCAACCGAAUCAUGUCUGUGGCAUCUCGACUCUCUGAAGCCGGCCAUUAUGCCUCUCAGCAGAUCAAACAGAUUUCAGCACAACUGGAUCAGGAGUGGAAGAGCUUUGCAGCAGCUCUGGAUGAACGUAGCACCAUUCUGGCCAUGUCUGCUGUAUUCCACCAGAAGGCUGAACAGUUCUUGUCAGGAGUGGAUGCCUGGUGCAAAAUGUGUAGUGAAGGAGGCCUUCCAACAGAAAUGCAAGACCUUGAACUGGCAAUCCAUCACCAUCAGUCAUUAUAUGAGCAGGUUACCCAAGCCUAUGCAGAGGUUAGUCAAGAUGGUAAAGCACUUUUGGACGUACUUCAGCGACCACUUAGUCCUGGGAACUCCGACUCACUUACUGCAUCAGCUAAUUAUUCCAAAGCAGUUCGGCAAGUCUUGGAUGUUGUACAUGAAGUUCUGCACCAUCAACGAAGGCUUGAGAGCAUCUGGCAGCACCGGAAGGUCCGAUUACACCAGCGGCUACAACUCUGUGUUUUCCAGCAAGAUGUUCAACAGGUGCUGGACUGGAUUGAGAACCACGGAGAAGCAUUUCUCAGUAAGCACACUGGAGUAGGAAAGUCCCUGCACAGAGCGCGUGCUCUUCAGAAACGACAUGACGAUUUUGAAGAAGUAGCUCAGAAUACAUACACCAAUGCAGACAAGUUGCUUGAAGCUGCAGAACAGUUAGCCCAAACUGGCGAAUGUGAUCCUGAGGAAAUUUAUAAGGCAGCACGGCACCUGGAAGUACGCAUUCAGGACUUUGUUCGGAGGGUGGAGCAGAGAAAACUUCUGCUGGACAUGUCAGUGUCAUUCCAUACGCACACCAAAGAGCUAUGGACAUGGAUGGAGGAUCUGCAGAAAGAACUGCUGGAGGAUGUCUGCGCAGAUUCGGUGGAUGCCGUUCAGGAGCUUAUCAAGCAGUUUCAGCAGCAACAGACGGCGACCCUAGAAGCAACACUUAAUGUUAUCAAGGAAGGGGAGGAUCUUAUUCAGCAACUCAGGGAUUCUGCAGUAUCCAACAGCAAGGCACCGCACAAUAGUUCCAUCAGCCACAUUGAAAGUGUCCUGCAACAACUGGACGAGGCCCAGGCACAGAUGGAAGAACUGUUUCAUGAGAGGAAGAUCAAACUGGAUAUUUUUCUCCAGCUACGGAUUUUUGAACAGUACACCAUUGAGGUGACAGCAGAGUUAGAUGCAUGGAAUGAAGAUCUCUUGAGACAGAUGAAUGACUUCAACACUGAAGACCUCACACUUGCAGAGCAGCGACUGCAGCGGCAUACGGAGCGGAAAAUGGCGAUGAACAACAUGACCUUUGAGGUCAUUCAGCAGGGCCAAGAUUUGCACCAGUACAUAAUGGAGGUACAAGCAUCAGGAAUCGAACUCACCUGUGAAAAGGACAUCGACUUAGCAACCCAAGUGCAAGAGCUACUGGAGUUUCUUCAUGAGAAACAGCAUGAGUUGGAGCUGAAUGCGGAUCAGACUCAAAAACGACUAGAACAGUGUUUACAGCUGCGGCACCUUCAAGCUGAGGUCAAACAGGUACUGGGUUGGAUUCGGAAUGGGGAAUCAAUGCUGAAUGCCAGCCUCAUUAAUGCAAGCUCGCUCUCAGAGGCCGAGCAACUCCAAAGAGAACAUGAGCAGUUUCAGCUUGCCAUUGAGUCCCUCUUUCAUGCCACUUCCUUACAGAAAACGCACCAGAGCGCCCUGCAAGUAGAGCAGAAGGCAGAGGUGAUGCUCCAGGCUGGACACUAUGACCCCGACGCCAUCCGAGACUGUGCUGAAAAGGUGGCCGUACACUGGCAGCAACUCAUGUUGAAAAUGGAAGACAGGCUAAAGCUGGUCAAUGCAUCAGUGGCGUUUUAUAAAACAUCAGAGCAGGUUUGCAGUGUUCUAGAGAGCCUGGAGCAAGAAUACCGGAGAGAUGAGGACUGGUGUGGCGGCCAUGAUAAGUUAGGACCAAGUGCUGAGAUGGACCAUGUCAUUCCACUCAUCAGCAAACACCUUGAGCAAAAGGAGGCAUUUCUGAAGGCAUGCACAUUAGCACGGAGGAAUGCUGAAGUUUUUCUCAAGUAUAUUCAUAGAAACAAUGUCAGCAUGCCUGGGGUGCAAAGCCACACGAGGGGACCUGAGCAGCAAGUAAAAGCUAUCCUGAGUGAGUUACUACAGAGAGAAAACAGAGUACUUCACUUCUGGACAUUGAAAAAGAGACGUUUGGAUCAUUGUCAGCAGUAUGUUGUCUUUGAGCGUAGUGCCAAGCAGGCAAUGGACUGGAUACAAGAAACUGGUGAGUUUUAUCUCUCAACACAUACAUCUACUGGAGAAACAACAGAAAAAACUCAGGAGCUUCUUAAAGAGUAUGAAAACUUUCGGAUGUCUGCAAAGCAAACAAAGGAAAAGGUGAAGCUACUUAUCCAACUGGCCGACAGCUUUGUAGAAAAGGGGCAUGCACACGCCACGGAAAUUAAAAAGUGGGUCAGUACUGUGGACAAGCACUAUCGUGACUUCUCCCUGAGAAUGGGGAAGUACCGCUCCUGUUUGGAAAAGUCCCUGGGGAUCAGUUCAGAGGAUAACAAAGAUUUGGAGUUGGACAUCAUUCCUGCUAGCCUUACGGAUCCAGAAGUGAAACUUCGAGACCCCACACAUGAAAUAAAUGAAGAAAAAAGGAAGUCAGCCAGGAAGAAAGAGUAUGUGCAGAGGCAAUUCAUUAUGGCUGAACUCCUACAAACUGAGAAGGCGUAUGUGCGAGAUUUGCAUGAAUGUAUGGAGACCUACCUAUGGGAAAUGACAAGUGGAGUAGAAGAAAUCCCUCCUGGAAUCCUGAAUAAGGAGCAUAUUAUCUUUGGAAAUAUUCAGGAAAUUUAUGAUUUUCACAACAAUAUUUUUCUAAAAGAACUGGAGAAGUAUGAACAACUGCCAGAGGACGUUGGCCACUGCUUUGUCACUUGGGCGGAUAAAUUUCAUAUGUAUGUCACGUACUGUAAGAACAAGCCGGACUCCAAUCAGCUUAUAUUGGAGCAUGCGGGGACUUUCUUUGAUGAAAUCCAGCAGAGGCAUGGUCUGGCUAAUUCAAUUUCUUCAUAUUUAAUUAAACCAGUUCAAAGAAUCACCAAGUACCAGCUAUUGCUAAAGGAGCUUCUGACGUGUUGUGAAGAAGGGAAAGGUGAAAUCAGGGAUGGCCUUGAUGUGAUGCUUAGCGUCCCAAAGAGAGCCAAUGAUGCCAUGCAUGUCAGCAUGCUGGAAGGGUUUGAUGAAAAUUUGGAUGUUCAGGGAGAACUAAUCCUUCAAGAUGCUUUCCAGGUGUGGGACCCCAAAUCUCUAAUUCGGAAGGGACGUGACAGGCACUUAUUCCUCUUUGAGAUAUCACUGGUUUUCAGCAAAGAAAUCAAGGAUUCUUCAGGGCACACAAAAUAUGUAUUCAAGAACAAGUUACUGACCUCAGAGUUGGGAUUAACAGAACAUGUAGAAGGGGACCCAUGUAAAUUUGCUUUGUGGGCUGGCAGAACCCCUUCCUCGGACAAUAAGACAGUGCUUAAGGCAUCCAGUAUUGAAACUAAACAAGAAUGGAUUAAGAAUAUUCGGGAGGUCAUUCAAGAGAGAAUCAUUCAUUUGAAAGGUGCCCUGAAGGAACCCAUCCAACUGCCUAAGACUCCAGCUAAACAGAGGAACAACAGCAAAAGGGAAGGAGGGGAAGAUGCUGACAGUCAGGGAGAUGGUAGCAGCCAACCCGAUACAAUUUCCAUUGCAUCGAGGACCUCCCAAAAUACUGUAGACAGCGACAAGCUGUCUGGAGGCUGUGAACUUACCGUGGUAUUACAGGACUUCACCGCAACUCACUGCAGUGAACUCAGCAUUCAAGUGGGACAGACUGUGGAACUUCUGGAAAGACCCAGCGACAGACCUGGUUGGUGUCUCGUACGUACAACUGAUCGGAGUCCCCCUCAGGAAGGGCUGGUACCUAGCAGUACUCUCUGUAUAUCCCACUCCCGGAGCAGCGUGGAGAUGGAAUGCUUCUUUCCAUCUGGGAAAGAUCCAUAUUCUGUUUCUUCAGGUGAAAAUGGAGGCAAGUCAGACUCAGUAGCCACACUCCAAACUCACUCUUCGUUGAAUUUGUCUCAGAGUUCCCCCUUGACGAAGCGCUCAGGGAAUACAUUGAAGAAAUGGUUAACCAGUCCUGUAAGAAGGCUCAGUAGUGGGAAAGGAGACAGCAACAUCAAAAAACAAAAGAAAGGAAGAAAGAGCUUUGACCGGGGUUCUCCAAAACCUGGAGAUGAUGCGGCAAAUCAAGGGGACAGUGCAGAUGAGUCAAGGAAAGAUGGUCUAGGUGGCGGGUCACUCUCGAAAUCCUCCUCGGGAAUGCAGAGUGGUGGAGAAGAUGAGAAUGAUGAAGAGUCCCAUACGCCACUUCCUCCACCAAUGAAAAUUAUAGAGAAUGACACAACGCAAGAAGACAUGUCCUCUGCUUUGUUAGCGGCUCGCCAAAGCUCAGCAGAUAUCCCUAGUGCUGCGGAUCUUGUCAGUGCAAUAGAAAAGCUGGUCAAAAAUAAGAUGACUCUAGAAGAUGGGUCCUAUCGGGGAAGCUUUAAGGAUGCUGGUUAUUUGCCAGACCCAUUGCCAACAUCAGCACCUCCACGAAAUGCAGAGGAAGAACAGAAGGCCAAAGCUCUGAGGGGGAGGAUGUUUGUACUAAAUGAACUUGUACAAACAGAGAAGGAUUACGUCAAAGAUCUAGGACUUGUGGUAGAGGGCUUCAUACAACAUAUGGAAGAGAAGGGAGUCCCAGAAGACAUGAAGGGAAGGGACAAGAUUGUCUUUGGCAACAUUGUCCAGAUUUAUGACUGGCACAGGAAGUUCUUUAUGGGUGAACUGGAAAAAUGUCUUCAAGACCCUGACAAGUUAGCACAGCUCUUCAUUAAGCAUGAGAGGCGUCUGCACAUGUAUGUGGUGUACUGCCAAAAUAAACCAAAAUCAGAAUACAUUAUUCUGGAAUACGACGACUAUUUUGAGGAGCUGAAACAAGAAUUAAACCAGAGGCUAUCACUCAGCGACUUUCUCAUUAAGCCAAUCCAGAGGAUAACAAAGUAUCAGCUCUUAAUAAAGGACUUUCUGAAGUAUAGUGAAAAGGCUGGACUAGAAUGUUCAGAAAUACAGAAAGCAUAUGACAUAAUGUGCCUUGUACCUAAACACUGCAAUGAUAUGAUGAACCUGGGACGCCUGCAGGGCUUCGAGGGUAAGUUGACUGCACAAGGGAAGCUUCUACAGCAAGACACUUUCUUUGUGACAGAACAGGAUUCGGGUGUACUGUCAAGAAGUAAAGAGCGCAGAGUUUUCCUCUUUGAACAGAUUGUAAUUUUCAGUGAACUGCUUCGAAAAGGAUCAACACCUGAGUACCUGUACAAGAAAAGCAUUAAGAUGAAUUACCUUAAGUUAGAGUCGAACAUAGAGAAUGAUCCGUGUAAGUUUGCCCUACUGUGUCGAGCAUCUUCAGAACGGUUAGUACUACAGGCUGCAAAUCCAGAAAUUAAACAAGCUUGGAUGGAAGACAUCACAAAAGUCUUAGAAGCCCAGCUAAACUUUCUAGAAGCAUUGCAGUCACCAAUUGAGUACCAUAAAAAAGAAUCCAACUCAAUGGUAGUGCCUAACCGGAUAUCACAGCUCAACAGCAAACCUCAGUCUCCUCCAUCAGGGCCUGAAAAACAAGCAAGGCCUGGAAGUCAUAAUGCAGCUUUGCCACCUUUAACGAUAUCUACCUCCAGUAGCAGUCCAGGGUAUGACCAAUAUCAUCUCGGGGAUAAAUAUGAGCCAGGCAAGAAUAGCAUGGCGGGAUGCAAUGGGACAUCAUCUAUGAUUGUGACCCAGGACUAUUUUGCAUUAAAAGAGAAUGAGAUCAGCGUAAAUCAGGGUGAGGUGGUUCAGGUCCUCACUGUCAACCAACAGAAUAUGUACCUGGUAUACCGUUCAGCAAAUGAUCAUUCUCCGGCAGCAGAAGGGUGGAUUCCAGGCUACACACUGAGCCCCAUCCCUAAAAACAUUACAGACAGUAGCGAUGGAAGCAUAAAGAAGUCAUGUUCUUGGCACACACUGCGUAUGCGAAAGAGGGCUGAAAAGGAGAAUGAAGACAAAAGUGAUGCUAAGGCAGAGAAUGGUCCACGUAAGCCUAAGGAAAUUCUGAGCAACAAAGCCCAUGUUAAAGAAUCGAACAGCUCAGACGAGUCAGAUUGUGAUGAUGGCGACCCAACUAGCAUGGAGCUAAUGAACCCUAACUUCAUUCAAGAAGUUGCACCUGAAUUUCUAGUCCCUCUGGUGGAUACAACUUGCAUGGUUGGUGAUGCUGUCACAUUGCGCUGCAGAAUCUGUGGAAGGCCAAAGCCUUCUAUAGUUUGGAAAGGUCCUGAUCAAAACGAACUCACAAAUGACAGUCGUUAUGCAAUUUCUUCAAGUGAGUCCGGCGAGAUUGCAUUGAAAAUCUGCAACCUGAUGCCCCAAGACAGUGGCAUUUACACCUGUAUGGCAGGAAAUGAACAUGGAAUGGCAUCAUCAUCUGCAACCAUCAAAGUCCAAGGAGUUCCAGGUGCUCCAAGAUUUCUAGAAGUUCAGGAUAGAAGUUGUACCUCGGUAAUCCUACGCUGGCAGCCUCCAGCAACUACUGGCAACUGUGCUAUUUCCAGUUACACUGUAGAGUACAGAGAAGAAGGAACACAAACUUGGCAACAGUCUUUUGCCUCCACCUUAGAUACAUACCUUGUAAUAGAAGACUUGAUGCCAGGAAGUCAAUACCAGUUUAGAGUCAGUGCCAGCAACCCAUGGGGAAUGAGUCUACCUAGUGAGCCGUCAGAGUAUACAACUCUGCCUACAAAUGGCUCUUCCACAGACGGUUCCUGGAUUGUAUGGAAGGAUCAUUUUGAAUCCAUGUACACAGAACUAAGUGAAAUUGGAAGGGGACGUUUCUCUGUAGUAAGAAAAUGCAUAAACAGAAAUACCAAGGUAGAGGUGGCUGUCAAAUUCAUCAGCAAGAAAAUGAAGAGGAGAGAUCAGGUGGCACGUGAGGCGACCCUCCUUCAGCAUCUGCGACAUCCACAAUUCAUUGCACUGUAUGACGCCUAUGAGUCACCAUCUUCCUACAUCUUAGUGUUAGAGAUGUUGGAUGAUGGACACCUGCUAGAUUACCUGGUGAGACAUGAUGAACUGAUGGAAGAAAAGGUAGCUUUUUAUGUUCGAGACACACUGGAGGCCCUGCAGUACCUGCACAACUGCAAUGUGGCUCACCUGGACAUAAAGCCAGAAAAUCUUCUGAUUGAUCUUCGAAUAACAGUGCCCCGUGUCAAGCUGAUUGACCUAGGAGAAGCAGUGCAUAUUACAAAUCAUUACUAUGUACACCAGUUCCUUGGCAACCCAGAGUUUGCUGCCCCUGAGCUUAUCCAAGGCUGUCCUGUAUCACUGAGCUCUGACAUCUGGAGUGUAGGUGUCCUUACCUAUGUGAUUUUAAGUGGAGUCUCUCCAUUUCUGGAUGAAAGUUUAGAAGAGACAUGCAUGAAUAUAUGUCAGCUGGAUUUCUGUUUCCCAGAGGAAUAUUUUUAUGGUGUCAGUCUCGGGGCACGAGAUUUCAUCAAGGUUGUCCUUCAGGGUAACUUCCGGAUGAGACCCACAGCUGCAACUUGUUUACAGCACCCUUGGUUACAGCCACACAAUGGCAGUUACUCAAAGACUGCACUAGAUACCACCCGACUUGCUUCUUUUAUUGAAAGGCGCAAAUAUCAGCAUGACAUACAUCCUGUAACUAACAUUAAGAGUUUCUUGCCAAACAAAUAUGGCCCAAGGACAUAAUCUCCAUGAAAAAUGUUUUGCAAAGGAAGGACUUCUGGUGCACAGUGCAUUAAUGCCCUUUCUUACAGCUGUAAUGGACAAUUUUAUAAGAUAAUGAUUUAUUAAAGCCAUAAUGCUGCUGAUUUUUGAAGCCAAUGCAAAGCGAUGUUUAUCCACUUUCAGCAUCGCUUGUGCAUUAUUUGACUCACAUAUGGGCUAACUGCUCAGCUCAGCAUAACUGUCUAGAAUUUUAAAGACACAAUUAUUGACUAUGCUAUGUACAAUAUAUAAAAAAAUGAAUACUCCAACAGUGAUACCACAAACUAAACAUGUAUAUGUGUUUUUUCAAUAACUACACUCAUAGAUAAGUACUCACACAAUCAUGGAAAAAUUUCAAGUUACUCGAAAGAUUAUGGAGAUCAAACAUGCAUUAAACCAUAAUUAAGUUUACACAAGCAGUUAGAUUUUAGUAUAAUUUUGCUAUUAUUUAUACAUUAAGGAUUGUGUUAACAGUGCCUGCCUGUCACAUAUCUGCCUGCUGCUUCUCUAAAAACUUUUUUACACAACAUUUAAAUCUACAGUUCUGUUUUGAUUUUAGUCACUGUUGGAUGAAUAAUGCACAGCCUGUACUAUUCUGAGCAUUUGUCUGCUGUAAAUAAAUGUUUUCAAAAUGUU